AUGCUGCAGUUCUUUGAGCAAAUAAAGGAAGCGUGCCAGCAACACCGUGAGCGCCAUGCUCGCGGUGAGCAGUCGAACACAGGCGAAGAGGCACUGUCACUCAAACUGCUGCUGCGCCGUCUGCGUGCUGAUGUGCGGCAUACACGUACAGCGGCAUCCCCGGCCAGCGCCCUGCACGGUGACGCGCCACUGCCGGAACAGCCGCAGCCGCUGCUGUACCCAACACCAGACGGCGCUCUCCGAUCCAUAUCUGCACGGCACAAGCGCACGCCGGUAAUCGCGUCACUCACUGGCGAAUCCACCGCCGCCACACCAUCAUCAGCACCAGACGGUCUACAGGAGGGGCAGCGAGACUCGACGUCACCUGACGCAAGGACUCCGGCUCCACCAGCAGCAAGAGCAGCCGAAGAGGCAGUAACAUCGGACGCGGUGCUGUUCAGUCGCGGUGCGCGCAACACGGCGGCAGCGUCUCGGCAGCAGACAUCAUCUUCCGCUGCUGUUGAUGAAGGGCUGAUGGAGAUGCUGAUCAGCAUCAGCACUUCCACUACAAUUGAUGGAGAACGGGAGGAGGGCAUUUUCACGCUGGGGGAACGCGUCGAGGCACUCUACACCCUUGUCUACAUGACGUGCUACCCUGGAAACGGCUGGAGGAGCGAAUUCGAGCGGCUCGAGGCCGAAGGUGGCUGCGGCUGCCGGGAGUCUCUAAUAUGCAAGAUUGACCUGCUGCAGUUGGCCGCUACCGCAUGCAACAUGUUGAAGUGCGUGAUGGAACAACUGAUGGGGCGCGUGGGGAGUGGUACUUUCAGCGACAGCAGGGCAGCUGCAGAGGAGGAGGAAGAGGACGAUGCGAAGUGGAAGAAGGAUCACGAUGAUGAUGAUGAUGAUGAUGAUGGUGAUGAACAACGGCAACUGUUACAGUCCCUUGUAGACAUAGCCAAUACAAUGACGAUUCUGCUUGGCUGCAGGAAUCCACGCCACUGGCAGAGUGAAGAGAUUACACAUGAGGCAGUGGAACCGCACGUUGAUGCAUCACAAGUUGCAGCUUCCUUCUUUCCGAUGUCUCUAGAGCCUGAGCGUGGCUGCUGCCUUUGCUGCAGUGCCGGUCCGUUGACGUACCAGUUCAUGAUGACGGCGCUCACAGAGAAUGGCCUUUGGCAGUACAUGUGGCGCUUUGUCGCCCUCCCUUUUCUGUCGCGGUCCGAGCACAAUGCAGAAAAUAAGGAAACACCUAAAAUGAGGGAAACGAGUGACGACGCCUACGGAUAUAAUGGGACCGCACGCACCUUUGGUGUGCGGUUGAUGCUCAAAAUGAUGGUCCUGCUGUUGCUACGAAGUGCGUCUGCGGGGGAUCAAGACCUCUCCAGCAUUUUGUGCUCUCCCUCCUCGGAGGAAGAAGAAGAAUUGGGAAGGAGCUGCUGUCGUGCAUUUGCGCCACUCCGUACCGACAACAAUGACCCUCAGCUCUCCUCAAUGGAGAGGCGUCUCUUGUUCACUCUGCGGCAGCUCUCCCGCUUCUUGGUCUUUAGACACGUCUCCUGCUACGCGGCAAAUACGAUGCACGUUCUACUCACACGGCUGUUGGUGUCGCCAGCUCUAGCAAACGUCAAUGUGCAGCUUCUCUUGGAGUCCCUCUUCUUCGCAGGAGAGUCUCCACUGUUGCCGCCCCCAGCCCACCCUAACGACAACGCCAACGCCGCCUAUCUGUGGGCACCCCCAUCAAAGGCGACGGUCUCUCUCGUCCUCAGCCGGGUGCUUCACGCGCUGUCGUUUCACAUCGCGCUGCACCGAAACGAGUCGUCUGGACAGGUACCGAAGAGGCACAUCAACCGCAACACGGCCACCGCUACAACCAACACAAGUUGUGAUCUGGUCGUUCCAGGGGCGCUACUGACUGUGUUGCUCUUGUUGGAGCAACAACAACAACAACAACAACCGAAGCGACGGUGGCCGCUCGAAUCAAUGAUGGCUCAUCACGCAGCGUACAAGAAAUGUGAAGAGUCGGCGUGGCUACAGGCGGCGCUCUCUGCUGGACUGAGUCGCACGCAUCAGGUGGCCCUUCUACUGUAUGCCGCUGCUGCGCAUGACGCCGCCACAAGAACGACAACAGCAGCACCGCAACCGCCAACUUCACCCCCGUUGUUAACCCUUCGUCUUGAGGGCCCGCAUGUGACGGCCUUCUCGCAGUUGGUGCGCCCCAACCCACCCACACCGUCGGCACUGCAGCGUAAGAAUGUGGAUGCGGAAAUGUGGGCCGAAUCGCUCAGAAUUCUUGUGCACAGCACUGCCGCCAUCGGUGCCUCCUCCGCAGCCGCCCGCCGCAAAAAGUCACAGACGAGUUUGACGUGCACGCUGACAUGCCCGCUACGGCCAAUAAGUGUAGAGGGGUGCCACGGCGUAUGCAGAAGUGGUAAGACACACCAAUGGGCUGCCACGGGGAAGGAGCACUCACGUGGUCAAUUUCUGCAAGUGUACGUCAAGGUGCCAAGCUCGGAGAAGACUGCGAUUGAAGGAGGAGGAGGAGGAGGAGGAGGCCGCAGCAACGGUGCUGUCAAGGCAGCGGGGGUGGCAGGAGCGAAUCUUGUGUCGAAUAGCUUUUUGACACCGAUGGUAUUCGGCAACGGCCCUGUCGCCUGCAAUGAUCGCAUGCGUGCUGGUAGCUGUAGAGAUCGGAGUGGCAGCAACAACACCAUGCCGACAACACCAUCUUCGCCACUGCGGAAAAUGGGGUGCAGAGUGGACACCUUCUUUGCGAAUCGUGAAAUGACGGAGUAUGCUCGGGUGGCUGACAACGUGCCGUGCACCUCAUUGCUGCGGCGGGAAACGAUGGAGUACAGUGCUGUUGUUGAGAUGAUUAUUUUGACAACGUCGCGCGACGAGGAAGAAGAGACAGAGCCUCUCUGCGCCGCAAUUCUCGCGUGCUGCACGACGCACGGUGACAAACUCCACCUCUGGUCCCAGCCGCCACGAAAAUCGUCUGCAGCCGGAGGACAGGAGGAGCAAGCAAAAUCACCAGAGAGGAUUCAGUCACAGCUGGGGGCAGCAGUCGCAGCAGCAAGGCGGAAACAGUCUUCGUGUUCCCUCAAUCCAAAGUCGGGUGCGAUUGCCCUUUGCAGUGUGUCACGUCAUGAUGGUGAUGUGGAAGGCGAUACUACGACAGGGGUGACUGCAACGGCAGUGGUUCCCUCCCCGCUAGAUGUGACGUCUCCAAAUAACCCCCCUGCAUAUGGCCGAACCGUGCCGCCUGGAGGAGCGAGUCCAUCGCAUGCUUCAAACGCUAAUGAACCCGUGAUCCGUGUGGAGCAUCAAAGGAAUAGUGACGAUGACAGUGAUGACUUCGCCGAAAUUAACGCAUACGUGGCCAAUUUGAAGCCGACGCCUAUUGUGGAUACCAUCUUGGUGCGGAAGGAUCAGGAGAUCGCACUGCUCCAGCAGCAGCUGGAGCAUGCACAAGCACAGGAAUCGUUUCUUGAACAAAGGCUACAUGAAGCCUUGGCACAGCGCGAGGAGCUCCUUGGGUUGCUGGAAGAUCGGCGUGUGGAGUUGGAGCUGUGCCACAGCGACAUCAUUGCGCCGCUGCGGCGGGAGGUGACGCUCCUGCGCCAGUCGCUGACGCUGCGGAACCGAGAGGCAGGCAUGGCCAUCUCGCUCUGCCGUAAGUUGCGCAGCGAGAAUAUCGUACUUGCAGAGAGCAUCCACACCAUCCGGUGCGAGAUGGUGUGUGUGAUGAAAGAAGCAUGA